AUGGGCUUAAGAAUCCUCGGAACAGGCUCUCUUCAUGGAGAAAUGCCGAUUGUUGUCAAUCGCAUGGUUGCAAUCGAUCUCCAUAACCCGCCUCCAGAGCAAGUUGAUUCAUCUCCAAGUAAGUAUGGAAUAUGGAACUUAAGUGGUGAGCUAAAAACCAUCUUUGAUGAAACUCAAGAAAGUAAUAUGACAGGAACUCUUCUUCAAGGAAUAAAUGAAUGCCCUUCUAGAAAACCUCUUCCUAAUUUGGCAUAUUUUAUGAUGGACGACAACAAAUUGCACGGUAAAAUCACAGAUUGGUUAGUUCAGCUAGACAGUCUAGUCGGUAUCACUCUUGCACAUAAAUUGCUUGAAGGUCCUAUUCUUGUUUCCAUCGGGUCGCUGCAAAAUCCCGUUGUCUUGAUGCUUGAAGAGAAUAAAUUAAAUGGUACGCUACCAGAUAGUUUAGGACAACUUUCUAAGCUGUCAUACUUAGAUGUUUCUUCCAAUCAGUUGACAGGUGCCAAUUGGAUACCGCCAUUCCAAAUAUCUUUUCUUCUUAUGAGUUCAUGUGUUUUGGGGCCUUCAUUACCACCUUGGCUUAAAUCACAAAAUAAGAUUGCUUAUUUAGACGUCUCAAAUGCGAGCAUUUUUGGUUUUAUACCAAACUGGUUUUGGGAUAUAUCUUCCCGAUUAACGUUUUUAAACACGUCACAUAAUGAGUUGGAGGGUUGGCUUCCAAAUUCAAUGCUUGUGGCAUUAUCUUCUGAUUGCACUAGAAAAGUGAUUGUGUGA